AUGAAGAUUAUGGACGCCGGCGGUGUGCAAGUUCAACAUCAACCGUCCAGCCAAGAUCCUACCAGACAAUCCUGGAGGAAUAAUAACUCAAACGGUGACCAAGGUAAACGUAGGGAUAGUGGUAGCAACAAGUCUAGACCUGUAAACCUAAAGUCAAUUAAUGUGGAGCGCGCUCAGAGCAUGAAUAACACUUCAAGGACAGCUGGCAGUAAUAACAAUAUUUCUGGAGUUCAACCUCUUCGAACGCCAAAAACUUCUCAGUUUCCUAGACCAAAUCAACAUGUUUAUGCCGUGCAAUCAACAAAGACCCCGACUCUCGUAAAGACUUCACCUCCACCUCCGCAGAAUGUAUUCGUUUCAAGGUCUCCUCCUCUACAAGCUUACAAUAAUUUGUCUAGGAGUCCUCCAAAAGACAAUAGUCCUGCUCCCACUUCCAAACAAAAUCAACAAAAAACAGCCAGUUCUUCUAGACCCACCCCCAAACCACUUAAUUUGUCAAAGUCAUCUUCUCACGUUUCAAAUUUGGGCAGGGUUCCUCAAACAGCAACUUUUCCUCCAAAGGUUAACAGAGCCCUCAAUCUUCCAAAUCCUCCAAAAACUGCUACCUUUGCUACAAAAUCAUCAGGAUUUCCGAAGGACAUCAGGCAAUCCGUGAGAGCACCACAGUCAGCCACCCUUCCUCAACCUUCUUACGCCUUCAUAUAUAAUGAUCAAACAUACGUUCAAACCGUUGAACCAUCUCGUUUUAGACGUUAUAGCUCUACACCUGCUCCUCUUAGAUUUGUGACAGCUGACUAUCGUCAAGUUCAAUUGGGACCGGGUACUCCUGUUGUCGUUCUCAGUCAUCCUGAUGAUUCCGAUUCUCAAGGAUCAUCACCACCUACUCCAGGCUAUGGGCCUCCAGAAAGUUUCAAUGGUGCAGAUAUUUAUGAUCUAUGUACCAUGCAACCAUGUGAGGAAGAGCAGGAGGAAGAAUAUGUUCCUCAAACACCUACUGGAACUUUGCAUAAUAAUCAACAACAACAACAACGCUCUAAUUCUCUUUCUUCAAAGGAUGAAAGACGAAGAAGCGUAUUCGGGGGGCCUAUGAAAGUACAUUCUGAUGCGGUUCUUCCAAUUCGUCAACCUAAAGGUCCUGAUAUAGCCAAAAACUUUGCCACUCGUAUUCGUCGCAAAGCUGUAAAUAAAUUAUACGCAGCUGCUGCUGAAAGGCGAAGCAAAUCGGCUGCUGAUAGAAGAAAAUCUGCAAU